AUGAGCUCGCAUCGUUUGCUGACUCUGUGGGGAGAGACAUUGUCAUCGAAGGAGAGUAACUGUCAACAGUCCGUAUUCUACUCUAUCAGUGAAUAUGUGUCGCUGGGGAGUGACGGUUACCUGAGGAGGCGCGAUCAACUCGGUACAGGCACUACAUCUUCGCUGACAAAUCGAUACCAUGAGGGAGCGGGAAGCCUAUGCCAUUACCUGAUAGAUAGCACUUCCACAGACAGCGAACCCUAUAUCACAAAACAACUCACAGCAUUCGGCGUUUUUAUAUUUUGCUCAUGCACUGUUUGA